UCCCCCAUUGAUGGGACAUCUGUUCAACCUGAAGAAAAUGGUGCCUGUGCAGUUGCUGGUGAAGAAAAUGAUCAAUUUUGGUUACUUACUGGUAAACAAUGGAGAAGUAGCUCUAGAAAGAAAUGGAGUUGAUGGGGUGUCUGUGUGCUACGCUUCUGAAAAUCCCUUUCAUGUUAGGCUCCUCAAGCGGGCUAAGGAAAGGGAGGAUGGCCAGAUUCUUUUGCCGAAAAAGAGAGCAAAGUCUCCAACAAAAAAGCCCUCUAAUAAAGGUCACAAGAACAAAGCCGAAAUAGAAAGAGAAAGGUCUUCCUCAUCUUCUAGGAAAUAUGGAUCAACUGGGUUGUCACCACCAGCAAAUUGUAAGUUUUCUGUAAAGCUUGGAAAGGUGAGUGCCAUAAGAUUAUCUCCCGAAUCCAAAAGAAGGAGGAGAUCUCAGUAUGUUGAACCGGUUAACUUACAUUCAGCAGGGUGACAGUGACGACAGCAGCAGCUUAUUCCACACUGCCCCUCGAAUGAUUCAAGACAUUUGCUAGAUGUCAUAGGUUUAGUUUAAGUUAUGAAGUCAUUAAACUAACAUUAGUUUUACCCUGUAUCAUUAUUCUUGUUUAUUGCAUUAAAAU